UCGCGGCGUGUCACGGUGUCACCGGUGUGCGCUGUGAUCACUGCGAUCAGCAGUGUCGUGUGGUCGUGUCGGUCGUGUUCUGUGAAUAGCGUAAUAAUCAUAAUUUCAGGAGGAUAGUACACGGAAAAAAUGGGACGAACAGUUUAUGUUGAAGAACAUCUUCGCACAUAUUUAACAUCAUUAGCGAAACCAGAUGGAUACGUGAUAGGAUUGAUUUUAGGACAGAGUGCUGGGCAAAAGGACUAUAUUGUGCAUUUAGCGAAAACACCACCUCCUCUCACUAAAAAUGUCGUGGAAGAAACAUUAAUUAGUUCUACAGUGUCUACAGAACAGGAUGUAGCAAAUGUAUAUAUCAAAUCUGUUAAAGAUAUACCUAUGAGUUGGGUUGCUGAUCAUGCUAAACAUGUUACAAGAAUGUUACCUGGUGGAAUGUGGGUUCUUGGUGUAUUUAUUGUUGGACCUGAGGAUAUUUUAGAUAAUACUAGUAAUGUACAAAAACUUAAAUCAGUUCUUGGUGCAAUUCACAAAACUUUGUCAUGGAAUAAUAAGUACCUCUGUGGAAAUAAUCAGGAUGAAAAGCUGAUAUUAAGUUUUAACAGUAUUGCACAAAAAUAUAUUUGCAAGUCUAUAGAUAUUGCUAAAGAUAGUAUGUUAAAACCAGCCGAUUGGAAAUUCCAAGAAAAAGCAACCAAGUGGCAUCAACUUGAAACUCUAGUUGAUUUUGACAGAUUGUAUCUUAUUGCUGUAGACAAGGAUCCUGAAACUCUCAAAAAACAAUUACAGAAUAUUUUGACAAACAUAGCAGAUUUAAUCGAGUCUUCACUUAUUGUUAUUGAGGGAGAAGUCAGAUCUCCGGAUGACACAUUGGAAACACUUGGCAAGAGGAAGAAGAGUAGCAAUAAAGAAUGUAAAAAUAAGACAGACGAUAGUAAUAAUUCACUUCAAGUUAGCCUAUAUAUUCCUUGCUCACAAGAUAAUAGUAAUAUGAACGUAAGAACAACAUCGUGCAGCGCAUCAAUACGACUAAUUGGACAAUUAGUCAGUAGGACGUUUGUACAUCAGAGAGCCAGUAUUGCAGAGGCCAAUACAGCAGUAAAAGAAGAUAUAGUGAGAUCUCUCGCAAGUAGAUUAGAAAUGCAUUGGGAUAGUUUAAUAGAGGAAGAAAAUGGUUCUCCCGAAGAGAAUAUCACAUUGCAUGAACCACCGAGACGGGUGUUAAUAGCAUUACCAGAUAAUAAAGUUACGUUAUCGGAUUAUUUGUUUCCUGGCGAAGGGCCGCAAGAAGCGUUAUUGUCAUUGCAGGAACUUUUAGAUCUCAACGUACAAGAAAGUCAGGUUCAAAAAGAGGUCGAAUUACAAGCUGAUCCUAUAGAAUUCUACUGUCAAAGCAAUGUCAAUACUAAACCGUUGGAUAAUAAUGCUGAUACAAUUGGAAAUUAUCAAAUGACCACAUAUCUUACUGGCUUAAGUGUUGCAUUUGUUAUAUUGUUGGUAGCUGUUCUCGUUCACCAAUUCAUGAUUUAAUAAUAUACAUUUUAUUCUAU